AUGUCCCUCGCAUGGACUAGGACAGCUCACAAGCUCUUUGGCCAGUGGGCUAGGUGGCCACUCCUCCCUUUUUUGUCACAUCACCUCCGGCGUCUCCAGCUCACACCUCUGUCUUCACUCCACGUCAGCUCAGGGUCUCACUCGUUCACCUUCUCAUCACCACCUGACCCGUCGAGUACCCAAGAUCGUCAGGUAACGAAUAUUGGCACCGUUUGUGGAAACCCUGUAGACAUGGAGCGACUUCCCACGUCAAAGGAGCUUCGCGAAGGAGGAGGGGCUCGCCUGAGUAGGGCGAGUUCGACGGCUCGUGCCGCCGAGCACCCGCAGUCCUCCGUCCAGCCAAACCAACUGAUAUACACUAAGACCCCCGAAAGACGUCCCUUCGGAGGGACAGAAGCCGAUAGCGCCAAGAUCAUGCAAGAACUCAGACACAGAGUACAAAACCUCGAGCAGGAGCUGGCAGCGAGAAGCCGAUCUCGCACUCGCACCCGCUCCCCCUCCCGAAAACCCGGGAGCCGAGAAAGAAGCCCAACAAAGCGCGACGAAGCGCACAUGCAGGCGACCUCUCGACCUCACCAAGACAAUACCAAGAGCCAUAGGGAGUCCUAA